UCCGUCUACUUAUUUAGUGGAACUUCCGUUCCAGAGAAGCGGCGUCGAGCUCGUUUUGUCCAACUGAAAUUCUUGUUUUUGUUGUCAUUCUGCGGAUACAGUCGACCAGGCAGUCAUGUCUAGUCGUGAACCUAUCAACAUGAAGCUGCCUCCGAUCCAGUCCACGGCUGGAGCCGUGCCGGUUCGAAACGAGAAAGGUGAGCUCUCAAUGGAGAAGGUAAAGGUGAAGCGGUAUGUGUCAGGUAAACGUCCAGACUAUGCCCCGAUGGAGUCAUCAGAUGAAGAACUAGAGGAGAUGCCCCUUGUGAGGAAGGGAAAGGAAAUGGAGCCGGAGGUGGAAGUAGAGGAGGAAGACGUCUCCGACCCACGUCUAAAGCGUUUGCUUAACCGUGUCUCUGAGGACGUGGAGGAGAGGCUUGCAAGACACAGACAGAUUGCAGAGCCUGAAGUUGUUGCUGAGAGCAGCGAGGACUCUGAUGAAGGCACGUGGCACCCUGAGCGAGAGGAGAGCAGUGAGGAAGAAGCAGAGGAAGAGGAAGAAGUGGAUGAUGAGGAAAUUGAGAGGCGACGAGCAAUGAUGCGGCAGCGAGCACUUCAACGUAAAAACGAGGAGAUGGAGGUGAUGGAGGUUGAGGAAGAAGGAAGGUCAGGGGAGGAAUCUGCUUCAGAGUCUGAAUAUGAAGAAUACACAGACAGCGAGGAUGAAGCAGAGCCUAGACUGAAGCCAGUCUUCAUUCGCAAAAAGGACAGAGUCACCGUUGCAGAGCGUGAAGCAGAGGAACAGAGGCAAAAAGAGCUGGAGGUCGAGGCAAAGAGACAGGCAGAGGAGCGCCGGCGUUACACCCUCAAGAUUGUGGAGGAAGAGGCCAAGAAGGAGUUUGAGGAGAACCGACGAACACUGGCUGCACUGGAAGCUCUGGACACAGAUGGAGAGAAUGAGGAGGAAGAAUAUGAAGCCUGGAAAGUCAGAGAGCUGAAACGUAUCAAGAGGGACAGAGAGGCCCGAGAAGUUUUGGAGAAGGAGAAGUCUGAAAUUGAGAGGUUCCACAGCAUGACGGAGGAGGAGCGUAGGGCAGAGCUCCGCAACAGUGGAAAACUUGUGACCAACAAAGCCAGCAAAGGCAAAUACAAGUUCCUGCAGAAGUACUACCACAGAGGAGCCUUCUUCAUGGAUUCGGAGGAAGACUUGUACAAGCGGGAUUUCAGCCAACCUACUCUGGAAGAUCACUUCAACAAAACCAUCCUACCCAAAGUCAUGCAGGUCAAAAACUUUGGUCGUUCUGGUCGCACCAAAUACACCCACCUGGUGGACCAGGACACAACGUCUUUCGACUCUGCCUGGGCCCAGGAGAGCGCUCAAAACAGCAAGUUCUUCAAGCAGAAGGCAGCAGGCGUGAGGGACGUGUUUGACCGUCCCACAACCAAGAAGAGGAAAACCUAAAGCUGUGGAUUCCUGGAUUUUAUUAUUGUGAGAGGAGAGAAAGACUGACUCCACAACUUUGAUGAACUGAUGAUUUCAUGCGGCUCCUGAAGACGCAUCUGGUUCAGGUUGUCAAUGGGCAGAAUCUCAGUUCAGUGUGGAUAUUUGGUUGUAAAUACAGUAUCACUUUUUUUUUUUUUCAAAAUAUUAGACUAGUAACACAGUCUGUGGACUUUUGUAAUGAUUUCCAGUGUCACCUUUUCAGUUCUGUUAUUAAAGAAAUUGAUUGUGAAUACAA